CUCAGAUCGGUCGCGAGGUCGACGAGGGAACAAUUUCUUGGUUGCCCCACCGAAACACCCAUACGUGUUUUCAGUAAUCCGCACAAAGAUGGCAAAGACUAAUAAGAGACGUGCUAGCUUGCAAGAGCUACCAGGCAAGACUGGCUCGGCCGCCGCGUGCGCUGGGUGCCACCCACUUCUCGCCCUGGUCGCCGAGGGAAAGCAUGAGCUGAGCGGCGAGGGUGAAGAUCGUGUGGAGCAGGAGCCUGAGCGGGCCCCGGGCAUUGACUGCUGCGCGGUCUGCGCCGGCGACUGCGCCACCGAGGUGCUGUGCGCCGGCUGCGCCACAGUGGUCUACUGCAGCGAGCAGCACCGCGACGAGGACGCGUCCAACCACGGCCAGGUGUGCGACACGCUGCGCCUCAUGCGCGCCGCGGAGGCGCUGCCCGCCCUUAACGGCGACAUCGACGGCAAGGCGGAGCUGCAGCAGGAGAGCGCCACCGACCAGCCAUCUGCGUACCAGGGCACUGCGGACGGCUUUCGGGUGCCUGCGGCCGCGGCUGGCGCAGCCACAGCCGGUGGCGAGGCGGCGGAGGGGGCUGUAGCACCGGAGGGCUGGGCGGCGGUGAUGCCGGCAAAGUUCCAGGCGGUGUUCGGCGGCGUGGCCGGGGAGGUGGCGGAGGAGGGCGCGGCGGCGGCGGCAGACGGCGCGGAGGAGAAGGCGGAGCACCCACGCAAGAAGGCGCGGAAGGCCCCAACGGACGGAGCGGCGGGCGCACACACUGCCAAGGCCAGUGCGGCCGCCAAGGCGGACUCGGCGGAUGCGCAGCUGCUGCUGGCGGCGCAGCUGGCCGACCGCACCGCCGAGCUCACCUACGUGUACACGGCGGCGCAGGCGCUGCUGGCGGGCCCGGCGGCCAAGGUGGCGGCGGCGGCGGGCCGGUCGGGCCGCGCGCUGCAGCUGGUGGUGCUGGGGGCGGCGGAGGAUGCGGAGCUGGCAGACCUGGCCGCGUGGCAGGUGGUGGCGGCGGCGCUGGAUACGGACGUGCGGAUAGUGUUCGUGGGGCCGCAGGUACCGGAGCGGCUGGCGGGCAUGGGCGCGCAGUACGGCCGCGUGGCUAUGCGCUUCGUGCAGGCCACGUACGACGAGAUGUCUGGCGGCCGGGUGGCGGGCGUGGAUCCUAGCUCCCUGGACUCGGCGGCCACCGUGUUCCUGGCCUUCAACCCCGGUUUCACAUGCCCCGACUACGACUGGAGCGCCACACUGGACGCCAUCGCCGCCAGGUCCGCCGGAGGCCGCGGCGGCGCGGGCGCCGGCGCGGUGCUGGUUGUGGCGACCAACACUCGCGUGGAGGCGCUGAUGGACUGCGAGCUGCUGCUGGAGCGCGGCUGGCGGCCGGCGGGCGGCGCCGAGCACAAUCCCUACACCAGCCUGCAGGCGCGGCAGAGCGGCACGCUCGCUAACGACCUGUACCGCAAGAAUGCCUGGCUGGUGGCGUACCAACACGUGGGGCAGCAGGAGGAGGCUGAGGAGGGCGGCCGCGACGGGCGGCGGCGCCGCCGGCGCGCGGCGCGCAGUGGUGGCCCUCGUGGCGCUGCGGGGCGUGUGGCUCGGGCGCUGCUGGACACGCUGAAGAAGCCGUUCAAGGGGCUCAUGCGGAGGCGCUAGGCGGGUGCGGGUGCGGGGUGGGACGGUUCGUGGUGGGGAUCAGUUGGAACGACAAGCUGACGGGUGCAACGGAAGGAGUUUGAGCAUGCGAUACGCGUGGGCCUGUGUGGGAAAUUUGCUGUCUGCGGCAGGAUCUGGCGGGCGGUGGAGUUUAUGUGACGGUGUGCGGUAACGGACUCUGGCGGCUCGCAUCUACUGUGCACACCAGGGCGGGCCUGGCACUGCCAAGGAAAUAGGGCACCGUAAGCAGAGUCCAGGCGACCAGGCGUGCGAGGCAGGAACUCAGGAGGCAGAGGUGUAGCAGGAAACGCCGUAAAAGGACUUGAUGACAAGCCGGGCUUCCCUGUGUAUGGACUAACGCGCCGUCAGGCCUUCCUCCCACAAGUGGCUUGGACGUACGUUGCAUAGUGUUGACUGUUGACGCAGUCACGUGUAAGCGGCUAAACGC